AUGGAGCCUUAAUUUGAUGGUAGUUAAACCAAAAAGAAAUAUGCCGUAAUAACACCAGCUGUUAGGAUGGCAUUUAUAAAAAGAGUUCAAUCAAGACAGUCAACGAUCAAGUAGGCUGCUCAAGAAUUUGGAAUAAAGUUUAGUACAUCAAAGGCUAUAUUGUAAACCUACAAGAGAGAAGGGAGAGUGGGCAAGAAAAAGACGAGGUCUAGAAGAAGCAUUUUUAAAAAUGAAUCAAAGCAAGAAAAGCAAGAUGAGAAAUAAUAACCAAUUGAUUCAAAAAAUGAACAAAAAUCUCUCUAAAUACCUUAACCAAUGAAUCAAAGUCAAAUGAGUUUCCAAUAAUUACAAGCCUAAUAAUUUCAAACAUUAUUAUUAAGUCUUUCAAUGAACCCAUUUUUACUUCUACAAAACUAAUACUUAUAGCAAAGUCUUCUUUAAACUCCUACUCCGUAACUGUUUUAUUACCAAUAGUAACUUAAUAGCCUGAGAACAUAGGCUUAAUAACAAUAAUUUGGAAAGAUACCAGAUUCGAGAUAACUAAUAACUCCAGUUUAUUCAAGCAAAUUAUUGGAUACGAAAUCGGAUGAAAUCGGAGCAACUUUGAAGGAUUUUAAUUGA